AUGAGUUCCUCUGUGGUGGAAGCUGCGAAGCGAAAGGCCAACGAGGCCGUCAACGCUGCGAAAGGUGUUGCAGAAGAUGCUCCAGCAGCCAUGCAAAAGGCGUCGGAGAACCCGCAACAAGCGACCAGAGACUUCUUACAUACCCCAUUCAUGCGUGCAGCAUUGCCAUUCGUCAACGGUGGAGCUGCAGGUAUGGUCGCAACAUCAUGCAUACAACCGAUCGAUAUGAUCAAGGUCCGCCUGCAGCUUGCUGGAGAGGGUGUGAAGACGGGUCCCAAGCCAACACCUCUGAGUGUGACAAGAGAGAUCAUUGCCGCUGGCAAGGUCAUGGACCUUUAUACCGGUCUUUCUGCUGGUCUUCUGAGGCAGGCCGUAUAUACCACUGCACGCCUGGGAUUCUUUGAUACCUUCAUGAAGUCGCUGAGCGCUUCCGCAGAGAAAGAUGGCCGAAAAGUUGGCUUCAAAGAACGUGCUGCUGCAGGCUUGACUGCAGGCGGCUUGGCAGCGUUCGUUGGCAAUCCAGCAGAUUUGGCCCUCAUCCGGAUGCAAAGUGAUGGGUUGAAGCCGAAGGCAGAGCGGGCGAACUACAGAGGAGUCGGCGAUGCGUUGAUGAGGAUCGCCAAAAACGAGGGAGUCACUCGAUUAUGGGCUGGAGCGACUCCAACAGUGAUCCGGGCCAUGGCAUUGAACUUUGGACAGCUUGCGUUCUUCUCUGAGGCCAAAGCUCAGCUGAAAGAUUCAUCUCUGGGACCACGAGCUCAGACUCUCACUGCAUCCGCCGUAGCAGGGUUCUUUGCAUCGUUCUUCAGUCUGCCGUUCGAUUUCAUCAAGACCAGGCUCCAGAAGCAGUCCAGGAAACCAGACGGAACUCUCCCGUACAAGGGUUUCUUCGAUUGCUUCCAAAAGGUGCUCAGGGAGGAGGGUCCGUUGCGUUUCUAUCGUGGCUUCGGAACAUACUACACACGCAUUGCGCCACACGCGAUGGUGACUUUGAUCGUGGCCGAUUACCUGAACUUCAUCACCAAGUAG